UUGUCAGCUGUUGUGCACGUGGCACAAUUUGCCUACGAACAAUUUUAAAAGGAAACAUUAGAGAGAACAUUUCUUAGGAGCUAGAAAGGUGUCUUUUGUUUUAUCUGUACUUUUCCCACUUACAAGCUUAGCAAGUCCUUUAAACUCUGGCCUUCAGGAACUUCACUCUUAAAGGGAAUACAAUACUUUCUUUACAGGCUUCUGCAAGGGUUUAGGACAAUGCAAACAAAGUGCUCAAGCUGUACUAGAUCCGAAAUAAAUGGUGCUAUUUAUGGUGAGUCGGUGUUACGCAACUAGUGGCUAUGGCACCCAGGGCUUCCAAUGCCGUAUCAUCAAACUGGCAUGAGAUUCCCGAGUUCAGCGGACAAUUGCUUACUUUGUUGGAGGAGAAGCAGAUGUGAAAGGCUGAUACAUGUUGACAUCCCCAAGGUGCUGGGGCACUAGACGUGAGGUUACGGCAUGUCCUUCCUUUGCUAGUUCAACAAAGCAUGACUUAGGAAUGUCACUUUUUUGGCUUUUCAGGAAGCCAGUGUAGUAUCUAAAGUGGCUUAAUGAUCCAGAACCAACACACACAAGAACCAGUUCAAUAAUAACAUCUUUUCCUUCCUUGCUGUAGACUUCCCUGUUUUUCUUUCUUUGCUCAGUGGAUAUCAACACAGACUAAUUACUCUUCUGACACUUUUUUUUUUCCCCCCCUUCCAAGAACAUAUUUCCUUGUCUGGCUAAGGGCAAUCACCUUCCCUGACUCUUUCGGGACUAACGGGUGCAUUUCUUAGUCACAUCCGUCGACUUUCAGGCCAAAGUUUUCACGCAUUCAGUGGAAGGCAGCGUGGCAUGGUGGAAAAGACAGGAGGCGAAGACUCAGGUCACCCGGUCCCCGUCAUCAUUUCUGCAUCUGUCUGUUUGAAGUGGGCGGAUGGCUGUACCAGUUUCCUCGGCUGUACAGCGCAAGAGGUCCCGCUUUGGGUGAGCUUUUUUCGCAUACACGGUCAGCGGUGAUGGGCAGGACCCCGGAGACCUCUAGAGCGUUCGGCUGGGAUUGCGCGUGCGCCGGGUGGCCGACGGCGACGAUGGCGCCGCGUCGCGAACGGCGGGUUGCGCGCGCAGCACCUCCGCUGCCUCCGGAUCCAGCGCCUUGGUUACCAAGGCAACAGAGCGGCGCGCUUUCCGGCGCAGUCGCGGCGCGUCGCAGCUGUCAUGGCGGAGGCCGUCUGGAGCACUGACACCGGGGAGGCUGUGUAUCGCUCCCGGGACCCCGUGCGCAACUUGCGCCUCCGAGUCCGCUUGCAAAGAAUCACAUCAAGCCACUUUCUUCAUUAUCAGCCUGCUGCCCAGCUGGGGAAGGACCUCAUAGGCUUGGCGACUUUCAGGCCUCAGCCAACUGCCAGUGGACACCGCCCAGAGGAAGACGAAGAGGAGGAGAUUGUGAUUGGGUGGCAGGAGAAGCUCUUUAGCCAGUUUGAAGUAGAUCUGUACCAAAAUGAAGCGGCCUGUCAGAGUCCUUUGGAUUAUCAGUACCGUCAGGAGAUCCUGAAGCUGGAGAAUUCGGGUGGCAAGAAGAACCGACGAAUCUUUACCUACACUGACUCUGAUAGAUAUACCAAUUUGGAGGAGGGAGGGCAGCAUCCUCAAGUCACGCAUCAUCACCUGGGAGCCCUCAGAGGAGUUCGUCAGGAACAACCAUGUCAUUAACACCCCUCUUCAGACGAUGCACAUCAUGGCAGACCUGGGGCCCUGUAAAAAGCUUGGCUACAAGAAGUACGAACACGUCCUGUGUACUCUGAAGGUGGAUAGCAAUGGCGUGAUCACAGUAAAGCCUGACUUCACAGGCCUCAAAGGACCCUACAGGAUCGAGACACAGGGGGAGAAGCAGGAGCUGUGGAAGUACACAAUUGACAAUGUGUCCCCCCUUGCACAGCCGGAGGAGGAGGAGCGGGAACGGCGAGUGUUCAAGGAUCUUUAUGGCCGGCACAAGGAGUAUCUCAGCAGCCUCGUAGGCACUGACUUUGAGCUGACUGUUCCAGGUGCCCUCCGGCUCUUCGUAAAUGGAGAGGUAGUUUCAGCCCAAGGCUAUGAGUAUGACAAUCUCUACGUUCACUUCUUUGUGGAACUGCCAGCUACUAACUGGUCAAGCCCAGCAUUCCAGCAGCUCUCAGGAGUAACACAGACCUGUGCCACCAAAUCCCUAGGAAUGGACAAGGUGGCCUACUUCUCCUACCCGUUCACGUUUGAAGCCUUCUUCCUCCAUGAGGAUGAAUCUACUGAUGCGCUCCCGGAGUGGCCUGUGCUCUACUGUGAGGUCCUUUCCCUGGACUUCUGGCAGAGGUACCGUGUAGAAGGCUAUGGGGCUGUGGUGCUGCCUGCCACUCCAGGCUCACACACCCUGACAGUCUCUACGUGGAGACCUGUGGAGCCGGGCACAGUGGCUGAGCUGAGGAGGUUUUUCAUUGGCGGCUCUCUGGAACUGGAGGACCUCUCCUACGUGCGGGUACCAGGAUCCUUCAAGGGGGAACGCCUGAGCCGCUUUGGACUCCGCACAGAGACCACAGGCACUGUCACCUUCCGCUUGCACUGUCUGCAGCAGUCCAGGGCCUUCAUGGAAUCGAGUUCCCUUCGGAAAAGGAUGCGGAGUGUGUUGGACCGUCUGGAAGGGUUCAGCCAGCAGAGUUCCAUUUACAAUGUGCUGGAGGCCUUCCGUCGAGCCCGGCGCCGCAUGCAGGAAGCCCGGGAAAGCCUCCCCCAGGACCUAGUGAGCACCUCUGGAGCCUUGGUCUCCUAGUCCAUGGCAGCCCUGGCCCACAGUGCAAAAGGACAAGAUGACAGAUAGCGGAGGCCAGUGCUCUCCUGCCUCCUCAUCUUUCUGAUUACAGACCAGAGGAGCUGGGAAAUUCUCAGCUGGCCACUCUGCCUAGCCUUCUGCGGGGCCCUCUCCCUGCUCUGUGGAAAUAAAGCCAGAGACCCUGUGGCCCACUUCAUGUUGCAGCCACUGUAAAUGGGCAUCACAGCAAGGCAGGCUUUUUGGUCUGAAACUAGUUUGGGGUGACCCCAUAGUAAGUCUGUCCUUGACUCACUUUUCUGGCUUGUCUCACAGUAGCAGGGAGGUGCAGGCAUUUACUGUUCUCCAGCCUUUAAAAAUGGAUGCUUCCUUCUUCCAAGACCAAAGAAGGAAGCUGGAUAGUGAGAAGGUUCUUAAAUCCCCAGUCUGUGAGUCUCAGCCUCCUCCUUCCAGGACAGCCUCAUUCUACUGCUUGGAGCUUGCUGAGGCUGAGAUAUGAAUUAUUUCUGAGUAAGUGAAGGCUGAAGGCAAUGUCCAGUCCUUUCUGCUAGCUGGGUGUUAUCUUUACCUUUAUAUAUGUGUGUGUGUAUAUAUAUAUAUAUAUAUAUAUAUAUCCUUUUUAUUUUGACUGAUGUUCUGUUGGCUGUUUAUCUGUUCCAGUUGCUGGUAUGGCUGAGGUGUUCUUAAUGUCAGGGCCUCUACCAUGUCUGCCCUUCCCCUUUUCUGCCUUUCCCUACCCCACAGUGUUUCUUUGGGCCCUCCUAAUUCAGCCCCCAGGAGAGGCAUAGAUGGUGGUGCCAGCUUGCAUGUUAGCAGCACUUCUCUUAAAAAUCUGGAGCAAAGCAUGGAAUCGAGGCCACAUCCUCCCUAGCCCAGCACAGAAACAGCAGCCCCUGCCCUUAGCAGUGCUUUAUUGGUAGAAGCAGAGCAUGCUGCCCAGCCUCAGGCUCAGAAGAGGAUUGUGGGGUGUCUGGAGGCUGGGACUGUGUGGUCUCUCAAUCAUGGUGAGGAAGG